AUGGUCCAGACUUCGACGGUAGCGACGAUAUCCGUAGCUGCGGUAGCGACCGGUUUACUAGGCUACGCCGUCUACUUCGACGUGCAGCGGCGGCGCAACUCCGAGUUCCGGCGGGAGCUGCGGCGGCAGGCCCGGCGACAGGCGCGCGCCGAGAAGGAGGAGGCCAACGCCGCCGGGGCCUCGCGCCGCCAGGACAUCCACGCCGCCGUCGACGCCGCCCAGGACGAGGGCUUCCCCUCGGGCGUCAACGAGCGCGAGGGCUACUUCAUGGAGCACGUCCAGAUCGGCGAGGACCUGGCCAAGGACCCCGCCAAGACCACCGACGCCGCCCUCGCCUUCUACAAGGCCCUCAAGGUCUACCCGACCCCUGGCGACCUGAUCCAGAUCUACGACAAGACCGUCGACAAGCGUGUGCUCGACGUCCUUGCCGAGAUGAUUGCCUACGACAAGGCCCUUGACAUCGAUGGUCUCGGUGGCAUGCCUCCUCACCCCGGUCUCGACUAG